AUGGUAGAAUUCAAGGGUGGCUUUAAUUCUUUCUUGCUUCUUGUAUUUUUUCUUUCAUUUAACAUUGUUCUCUUUGUUCACGGCCAACCAUUGUCCGUAGUCAGUGACUAUGGAGGAAACACUAGCCAAAUCCAAACCUACAUCGUCCACGUAUCGAAGCCAAAAGGCUCAAAUUUCUUGGGCGCCGAGGAUUUAGAAAAUUGGCACAAGUCCUUUCUGCCCAACUCUACUCUAGACACAGGUGAACCACGGUUGCUUUACUCAUAUAAAGAAGCAAUUGGCGGGUUUGCAGCAAGAUUGACACCUGAAGAGGUGAGAGCCAUGAAGAAGAUGGAAGGAUUUCUAAGGGCGAAUCCAAGCCAACGGUUCGAGCUCCAAAGUACGUACACUCAUAACUUCCUAAACUUGAGCACGUUAUUUGGAGCUUGGUCCACAAGCAACUCUUUUUUUGGUGAGGGCAUCAUCAUAGGAGUGUUGGAUAUGGGGAUUCACUUGCCCCAUCCUUCUUUUGAUGAUGAAGGAAUGCCACCACGCCCAAAAGGAUGGAAUGCAAGUUGUAACUUUCAAAGGCCAUCUUGCAAUAAUAAGGUCAUUGGCGCCCAAACUUUCAAAUAUGGCCCUAGUACCAUUCCACCAAUUGACAAAGAUCAAGGUCAUGGUACACAUGUGGCUGGCAUUGCAGCAGGAAACUUUGUGGAUAAUGCGGAAGUCCUCGACCAAGCUCUUGGAAGAGCUGCAGGGAUGGCGCCAAAAGCAUUCAUAUCAGUGUACAAGGUGUGUUGGAUAGAUAUAGGUUGUGAUUCAAUUGAUGUCAUAGCAGGAAUAGACCAAGCAAUUCAAGAUGGGGUGCAUAUCCUCCAAAUGUCGAUUGGGCCAAAACCUCCAUUGCCAGAUUCAUUUGGAAUGGAUGAUGUUGCUAUUGGCACAUAUGCGGCGAUGCAAAAGGGGAUCUUUCCUUGCGUAACUGCUGGCAACUAUGGCCCAAGCCAAGAGACAUUGGGUCGUGCUGCUCCAUGGGAUAUGGUUGUCGGUGCAACCACCACAGAUCGAAGAAUAAGAGCAACUGUGACACUCGGCAAUGGGCAAGAAUUCCAUGGAGAAACUGCCUAUCUAUCCAACACAGUUAUUGACAAGUUUCUUCCCCUUGUAUUUCCAGGCAGCGGUGGGCAAAGUGACCAAAUGACUUGCCAGAACAAUUCAUUAAAUGAAAUCAACAUUAGGGGAAAGAUUGUGAUGUGCUAUGUAGGACGCGGUACAGAAAACAUUAAAAAAGGUGAUGCCGUCAAGAAUGCUGGAGGCGCUGGUAUGAUCAUUAUGAACUUUUUACCUAAUGGAUUCACAACAUAUUCAACCCCUCAUAAUCUUCCAGUAUCACAUGUGAGCCAUAUUGAUGCCCUUCAAAUUGAAGAUUAUUUUGCUACAAACUCUGAACCAACAGCAAAGAUCACCUUCGGUGGCACUAUAUUUGGAGUUCGGCCAUCUCCAGCAUUAGCCGCGUUCUCAUCAAGAGGCCCGGCCAAGUAUAAUGGGAACAUUGUGAAACCAGAUGUCACCGCACCUGGAGUGAAUAUUCUAUCUGCAUGGCCAGUGGAAGUUGGGCCCUUCCCGUCCGGUCUAAAAACAAAGACAUUCAACUUUAUGAGUGGCACAUCUAUGGCCGCAUCUCAUGUUUCUGGAAUUGUGGCUCUUAUUAUGAGCAAGUUAAAGAACGACAACAAGCGCAAAUGGUCAACUUCAGAAAUCCAAUCAGCACUCAUCACCACAGCCAACACAUUCGACUUAGAUGGAAAACCAAUGUUCGAUGAAGCAACUUAUAGAAAUAGUGCCAACAUUCUCCAACGAGGUGCAGGGCAAGUCAAUGCAACAAAUGCCAUGGAUCCGGGUCUCGUUUAUAACAUCGAAUCGGAUGAUUAUGUUGCCUAUCUUUGUGGAAUUUUUUCUAAUAACAGCACAGUGGUGCAAUACUUCACCCAAAAUUACACCCAGGACUGUACUAGAUCCAUCUCUGGUGAUCAACUCAAUUAUCCUUCCAUAGGUGUGCCAAUCGGAUCAAACUCAUCGAGGAUCACAGUCAGUAGAACAUUGACAAACGUGGGUGAUGCAAGGGAAAUCUAUAAUGCCAAGAUCAUAGAACCACCAAGUGUAAAAAUGGAUCUCUCGGAAUAUAGCUUGAGCUUCACACGAUUAGAACAACAAAUUACCUAUAGUAUGACAUUCACCAUGACUGGAGCUCACCCAGGCUCUGGAGUAUAUGAACAAGGAGAAUUAUCAUGGGUGUCUGACAAGCACACUGUCACGAGUCCCAUCUACAUCGCAUUCUAG